AAUUUAUUUUGUUUCCUCCAAAAAACACACAGAGACAACUACAUAGAAACAGAAUGUCGACUCAGUCAGCGCGUUGUCGUCAGUGAGAGUGCACGCGACCUAAAAUGCCUGAAGUACACCAAGCAUUCGCGGAUGCCGGCAGGAAGCCGGGUCUCGAAAUAUGGAGGAUUGAGAACUUCGAACCGGUCGCCGUUCCGAAGACUCAGUUUGGUCUCUUCUACUCUGGGGACUCCUAUAUUGUACUGAACACCACAGGCGAUAAGGACCGUCUAACAUGGGACAUCCACUUCUGGCUCGGCUCAAGGACCAGCCAGGACGAAGCCGGCGCGGCGGCCAUCCUCACGGUGAACUUGGACGACGAACAAUUCCAGGGAUCAGCGGUACAGCACCGAGAGGUCCAAUAUUACGAGUCCAAGGAGUUCCUGGAAUAUUUCUCGCCAGCCAUCCGCUACUUAAAAGGCGGACACGCCUCAGGCUUCAGCCACGUGACGAUCAAUGAGGGAACAGAGAAACGACUCUUCCAGAUCAAGGGUAAAAGAAACGUCCGCGUUAAGCAGGUAAAACCGACAUUUGAGUCCUUGAACAACGGCGACUGCUUCAUUUUGGACGUAGACCAUCAGAUCUUCGUCUUCGUGGGUGAGAAGGCGAAAGGAGUCGAGAGGAUGAAAGCCAUCACCGUAGCCAACCAGAUUAAAGACCAGGAUCACAAUGGAAGGGCUGAUAUCGAAGUGGUCGACUCCGAAGCGCACGAUGGAAUCUUCGACAGGUUCUUCGAUGCCCUCGGCUCCGGCAACAAGGAGGCCAUCGCUGAUGCCGAAGAAGGGGGCGACGAUCAAGAGUUCGAACGCGUCGUCACGAAGGAGGUGUCCCUGAGUGAGAUCUCCGAUAAGACUGGCAGCAUCAGGAUAACGAGACUCCCCGCGCCACUUAAGAAGGAGCAACUGAACACCGAUGAAUGCUACGUGCUUGAUACCGGAAGUUACAGCGGCAUCUAUGUGUGGGUCGGGCGCGGCUCGAACCUAAAGGAGAAAGCCGAAGCGAUGAAUAGAGCUGAGCAAUACCUGAAAUACCACGACUAUCCGGCUUGGGUCCACGUGUCGAAGGUUCCGGAAGGCGCUGAACCGAUACCCUUCAAGCAAUACUUCGAGGAUUGGAACUGAAAUGGCCCAGCACAAAGCGAAAUUAUAUCGAGGGGUGAUUUUUACAGGAGUUCUAUCUAAAUGAAAUUAUUGUUAUUAUAAUUAAUAAUCUAAAUUAAUCUAAAUAAAAGUUUGAUGAUAUAAAACUUAAAAUUAAAAAAAACUUAAUUGAAUUUAAAAUUACAAAUAUCAAACUGUUCAUGAUAAUACAAUAUGAAAUUAUUAUUAUUAUAAUUAAUAAUUAAAUUAAGCUAAAUUAAAAUUUAAUUUAAAGCUUAGAGUUCAAAAAUAAUUUAAUUUACUUGAAUUUCAACUAAAAACAUCGAACUGUUGAUGCUGAUAUCAAAUAAAACGGACCUUUAAUUGCAAAGAUAAAUGUCGCGUGUUAAGAGAAAUAUCACCUAAAUCAAACAGUCUUUCAUCCCUCGAUAUCUAUCUUUAUAUGUAUAAAUAAAAGAGAAUGUACUUAUUGAAAUUAUCUUACUUACAAACUUAAACUUACAACUUUUUAUUACUGGUGGUAGGACAUCUUGUGAGUCCGCGCGGGUAGGUACCACCACCCUGCCUAGUUCUGCCGUGAAGCAGUAAUGCGUUUCGGUUUGAAGGGCGGAGCAGCCGUUGUAACUAUACUUGAAAUUUUAGAACGUAUAUCUCAAGAUGGGUUCCGCAUUUACAUUUUAGAUGUCUAUGGGCUCCGGUAACCGCUUAAGAUCAGGUGGGCUGUGAGCUCGUCCACACAUCAAAGCAAAAAAAAAGUCUAGAGUCUAGCCACUUAACACCGCGUGACCCGUGACAUAUCCGAUUAGUGUUAUUAAAAUUGUUACUUCUUAUUCUAGCGAUUUCAUUUUAUUAUACUCAAAUACUCAAAAGUAACAUGUUAUGAUUCGUAAUACAAUAUAGAUGGUAAUUAUUAUAUCAAGAGGCAUUUGAAGAUGACGGAUAACGCCUCAGUUGUCGGAGCGUAUUUUGCUUCAAUGAGCUUCUAUGAGCAUUUACAAUGAAUGUCGAGUGGCACCACUCUAGCGGUCAAGUUCAUCUCUAAAUGAGUCUUAAGAGAAUUCGUCAAAAAAAUUCUCUCAACCAAACGGUUCGUAGCUGAGAAAAGUUUGGAAACCACUGGCCCGAGCCACUAAAGGUCGUCUUGAAUGUGUCCACAAUGUUCCAGAGCAUUCCACAUAGUACUAGUAGAAGCUUCGAUAUUCGCUUUUUGCUAUUCGACAACAGAUGGCGUUGUCCGCCCCAGCCCAACGUCUCACUCGACCCAGUGUGCUUCGACGGACGUCAUGAUCCUAAACAUCAACUUUAUCGCGUUUUCAUGUCUUUUAAUGUAUUAAAAUAAAAUGUAUUCAGUAUUACGUUAAUUAAAAAUGUAUUUAACAUUGUAUUUCGGUUUGUUUAUUUGUCAUUCAAUUAAUGCAAUUAAAUAGUAAUUCUAUAAGUUAGGAAAUAAUAAAAUUAAUAUUAAACAAAAUAUCCAAAACCCAUAAAAGUAAUUUUCAAUUGUGUCGCGAAUUCAAAGAAUAAACUAUUAAUAUAAAACAUGGUUCAAACUGAAGUGUAAGCACAAACUGUUCAUAAUAAAUAUAAUUGUUUAAGACUUUUUUUUUAAAUGUUAUUCCUCAUUAAUUAGCACACGGAAUAUAAAUCGCACAAUCACAAUAUUAAAAUGUUAUUAGCAUUAAAUAUACUGCACUGUUUAUUAACAAAAGCAUUGUCACUGGCUGAAUUGAAUAAAUAGUGCUGGAUAGGUACAAAAAAAAAGGUUCAAAUGUCCGCUUCGAUACAUUGGCAGAAUGGCGUUUCAUGUCACGUGAAUUUACCAUAGUUCAUGCUUAAGGAACGAUUAGCCACGUCUGACGUCAUCUCUUCUUUAAAUAUUUAUUUAAAACGUCUGUAUAAAUCAGCAACUGUGUUAAGGUUACCUUUUAGAUCGUUCCGGGAUGUUCGCGUCUGUAUCUGUAUUCGAAGUGUCACAAAUGUCAUUAUGACAGCUGACAUUUUUGACAUCUGUCACAAACUACGCCACUAUUAUUGUAUUCGGUCAAUGGUUUUUAUUUUGUAGUAAAUUUUAUACAAUUUGUUCUUUAACACUAAUAAAGAUAAAAUUUGAAAAUCA